GUUGUGAGAUCUAUUCAGACGCGAGCAAUCACGCCUCAAUGAUUCAGGGCAUCAGGAACAGCGGCGCCAAGAAGUUUAUCUUCCGUCACAACGACGCCAAGCACUUGCGUGAGCUGCUGGAGAAAUCGGAUCCCUCCGCUCCCAAGAUCGUGGCCUUUGAGACGGUGCACUCGAUGGACGGCGCCGUGUGUCCGCUGGAGGAGAUGUGCGACGUGGCCCACGAGUUCGGCGCCGUCACGUUCGUGGAUGAGGUGCACGCGGUGGGGCUGUACGGCCCCCGAGGAGGCGGCAUUGGGGAUCGGGACGCAGUGAUGCACAAGAUGGACAUCAUCUCUGGCACUCUGGGGAAAGCGUUCGGCUGUGUGGGCGGCUACAUCGCCAGCACUAACGCUCUGGUGGACACGGUGCGCUCGUACGCCGCCGGCUUCAUCUUCACCACGUCUCUGCCGCCCAUGCUGCUGGCUGGAGCCCGCGAGUCCAUCCAGAUCCUGAAGAGUGAGGAGGGCCUCGCGCUCCGCCGCAAACACCAGCAGCUGCGGCAGAUGCUGCUGGACACGGGCCUGCCGGUGGUGCACUGCCCCAGCCACAUCAUCCCCAUCAGAGUGGCAGACGCAGAGAAGAACUCGAAGGUGUGCGACAUCAUGAUGAGCCGCUACAACAUCUACGUCCAGGCCAUUAACUACCCCACGGUGGCCCGC